ACGUCAACAAGACUUCGUGCGUGUGUCAGCAGAAAACCUGUGCGCUUGUGCUGUUUUUGGCGCACUCCAAACGAUUGUUGUUGUGGUGUUGUGGUUGCGUUGCUGCUCAGUGUUCCAGGCAGCCAGGCACGGGAGAGACAAGCAUCACUGCGAGGCGAGCACCAAACCUGCCAGCCAGGCUGUGCAUCAUACCAUGGAUAUUGUACUCGUGGAGCAUCCCAAGGCGUCGGCCAAGACGCACAAGACGGCGCACUGCCUGCCAUGCACCAUUCACCACACUGGCAAAGCCAACGCCAAGAAGUACUUUGAACCACUUGUGCAGCAGGACCCGCAACCUGACGGUGACCAAGGUGAUUUGUUCAGCACAACCUUUCGUGGACGCAGCAUCAAGGGGUGUCAGGUUCAGCCACCCAAGGGCAUGAAAGCACUCCAUCUGCAGCCUACGACACAAACACAGAGCGACAUUGAGGAGCGCACGUGGGCGCCUGUGAAUGAGCUUGAGACGCUGACCAUGUGGAAGUUGGAAUCGCAUCCCCAGAGCAACGACGCCGCCGUCACGUGGCCGCAGGCCGCAGUUGUCGCAGAGGAGGCGCAUGCACCGAUGACAUCUGAGGCGAUGGAGGAGUUGGAAGCGUUUCACAAGCAACAGAUGGCCAAUGGCUCAAGCUGAUGUAUGUGUGUGUGUGUGUGUGUGUGUGUGUGUGUGUGUGU